CCAACGAAUUAGCCACGCCUAGUGGCAUCGAUUUGCUGUGGCGGUGGUGCCGGUGUUGACUAAAGUGCGGCGCGGGUAGCUCAACGCCGCCAUGGACAGCGACGAAUCCGAUUUCUAUGGCGAUGAGGAAACCACAUCAAAUCUCUUGCAGCGGGUAGCCGACUUCGACGUGGAUGAAUGGGCCCUGCAGCAACGAGUGCAUCCGGGCCGGCCCCUACAACAGACAGAUUUCCUCGAGGAGGCCUCGCACCUACACAACCCUUAUUCCGGGAUUCCCUACGCCUGGCAACUCACAGAGACGAUAGACCAGUUCCUCUCACGGCUGCCACCAUCAACAACUGAUCAGACGCUCGAGGUACCAUGGAUAUAUAUAUGCAAUCCCUAUAUCCCGAGAGUGCACAAGCUGGAGAGCCAGGGCCAGUUCUCCAAAGGGAAUGAGGACGAAGCACCAGAGGAAGAGGGUAGUAAGACAGCGAUAGUCGCUCAAGGAGGCUUGGAGCGGCUUCAUUUAGUCAGCAAAUUUAUCGAAGGAAUGCAGAGGUCAGGCAAGGGAAAGUCCGUUGUCGACAAAGAGAUUAGAAAAGAGCAGAAACAGGCUGUCGACGACAUUCUGAACCUGGCUCAUCUCGCCAAGGUCCGAACAGGCAAGUGGCUGCUCUUCUGCCCUGCUUCGGAGGUAAAUGAAAUGUGGGAGAUUGUUGCAAAAGCUACUGCAAACAACGAGCUUGGUAUUGCUGCUAAGGUUUUGCCGCGGUCGCCAUUGGAAGACCCUCGCAAAGAUCGUAUCUUGUGUGUUUACACGGCAGACUUUCGGGACAAGACCGACGUUGGGCGUGUCUUGCAAACGCUUCGGGAGCUAAGACUGGUCGAAGCUAGGGGUCGUCCAAUCUAUUAUAAACCAGAUGCCUUUACAUAUAUUGGCAUCUCCUCUGGCAAUGCGUGGGGCGUAAGAGCCUCCAUUUACAGCUCUACUGAUGUGUUUCCGCGCCGGGCAUGAACAUGAUAUUAAUCAAAUAGGUACAAUGUUGGCGCAAGUUGUAUGCUAGCUAAAAAGUUUGCAAAGAGUAUGCUAUGUACAUACGGAUAUAACCAAGAGGAUAUGACUAUCAGUACCUAUAAAAAAGACCGUACAGUAUGCUAUAAGAUAAAUAGAUAUCAUAAAAUGCUAAAACGCCGGUUUUGAGUAAUGCCUCAUCAUAAACCACGCACUGCACCAUCUCACGCCGUCCCAUAUGCCGCAUCUCGAACAGCCCGAUGUGCCUUCUCUUUCCAUGUUGCCAGCGAUGCAGCAGAUAGACCUCGACAUAACGAUGGCACCGUAAGCUCACAUUAUGUGAUUUGGCUCUCAUCAUAGAUGGAGCUUCGAUCUGAGUCCACUGCUUUCAAGAGGAGGACUAAUCGAUAAGCGCUGUUCCC